GGACUUUUCCUCUCUCUCUGAUUCCUCUCCAAAACCGUGUUUAUUAAUAAGUAGAGAAGAAGGGGAGAGUUUUUGGUGUUUGAAUUUGCAUCGUUUUCUUCAUUCCUUCUUCGUCUUUCUCUCUCUUAACUGUCGCCUCCGUGUUCAACUCGCGUGCUGCUCCAGCACGACAGAACUUCCGAGAGACAGAGAAAACCCAUUCCCAUUCCCAUUCCCAUUUUUCCAUUCAUAGAAUUUUCAUAACGAAUCCAAUCUCAGAAUCUUAAAAGCCGUCUUUUCUCUUUUCCGAUUUCUCAAACGCAAAUUUGAAACGAAUCCAAUCUCAGAAUCUCACCAGCUUCCUUCCUGGUUCGUUAUUUCCGGUUUUAGAUCUUUGAAUAUCGGCGGCGGCACAAACGACGACGUUUUGGUGAUCGAGGGAGGAUCGGGAUGGUGAGGUUGACUUUGUGAAGUGAUAUGGAAGUGGUGCUUGAACGUAUCAUAGUAAUAACCGCCUCAAGAUUUCUACUACUUGUCAGAACAAGAUGACACUUUACAUUGGCCGCGAGGCCUCCAAGCUUUGGAAGAGAAUUUGCGCCGAGGUAGUUACUGAGAUCAAUCUACUUGCAGCUAACUGGAAGUAUCUUCUUGCUGGUCUUGUUGGUCAGUACAUACAUGGUCUAGCAGCUCGAGGAGUUCAUUAUAUACAUCGUCCGGGGCCAACACUGCAGGAUGCUGGUUUUUAUUUUCUUCCGGAGCUUGGAGAGGAGAGAGCCUACAUCAGUGAAUCCCUGUUCAACUUCAUCUUCUUAUCCUUUGUCUUGUGGACUUUCCAUCCUUUUAUUUUCAAGAGCAAGAAAAUAUACACAGUUCUAAUAUGGUGUAGGGUUCUAGCAUUCUUAGUGACGUGUCAAUUUCUACGAAUCCUCACAUUCUACUCCACACAGCUUCCUGGUCCAAAUUACCAUUGUCGUGAGGGCUCUAAACUUGCCAUAUUGCCGCCUCCAGAGACUGUAUUUGAGGCCCUUGUGAUCGUUCCAAAGGGUGUUCUAUAUGGCUGUGGUGAUUUGAUUUUCUCAUCGCACAUGAUAUUUAGUCUAACCUUUGUGCGCACUUAUCAGAAAUAUGGCACACAAAGAUUUAUAAAGCAGUUGGCUUGGUUGCUCGUUGUGAUCCAGAGUUUGUUGAUUGUAGCAUCUCGCAAACAUUACACAGUUGACGUUGUUGUUGCAUGGUACACCGUUAAUUUGGUUGUAUUCUUUAUCGACAAGAAAUUAGCAGAAUUGCCUGACCGGACAGCUGCAUCAUUGUUGUUACCACUUAGCGCAAAAGACAAGGACAGCAAGACUAAAGAAGAGACCCACAAGCUAUUGAAUGGAAUAUCUGGAGACCCUGCUGAUCGGAGGCAAAGAACUCAAGUUAAUGGCAAGAAUCUGGAAGAUGGAAACACCAUUGUGCAUACCGAUGCUACAAUGAACGGUGCAUAGAAUGGAACGAUGAUUUCUGCAAAACAGGAGUGCUCUGCUAAAAUGGCUAUGGUCAGAAGGCUUUAGAAACCUUGGCUAGGCCGCAUGAUUUGUUGUAUCUUUAGUGGAACUAGGGCUAUAGUUUUUCUCAUUUUUGCAGUCCUCUUCUUCUGUUCUAUUUAAGAUCAUGAUCAGCAUGUACCAUGGACUCACAUUGUUCAUAGAAAAUGAAAAUCUUCUGUGCUUUUAGGAAAAGAGGAAUAACUAUGUAAAAGGAAAGGCCAUCAUCCUCAUGUCACA